GCGUAUGAUGUAUUUCCUGUUUGCGGCCUGGGAGGCAGAGUGACCGUCGUUGCUGUCACCGACUGAGAGCGCGCAAAGGAACCUGCUCCGUGAGUGGAGGGGGGAAGAGGGGGAAAAAGAAGAGCAUUGUGGGAAGAGAGCCUCGCUGAAGGAGACCCCCGGCGGAACUUUGGUAACAAAGAAAAAUAAAAUAUGGUGGAUUAUUAUGAAGUUCUAGGUGUGCAUAGGCAUGCUUCACAAGAAGACAUCAAAAAAGCGUACCGUAAACUAGCAUUAAAGUGGCACCCUGAUAAAAAUCCAGAUAACAAAGAUGAAGCGGAGAGACAGUUUAAACAAGUAGCUGAGGCAUAUGAGGUGUUGUCAGAUGCUAAAAAACGUGAUAUCUAUGACAAAUAUGGAAAAGAAGGCUUAAAUGGAGGAGGUGGAAGCCAUUUUGACAGUCCAUUUGAAUAUGGUUUUACAUUCCGGAACCCAGAUGAUGUCUUCAGGGAGUUCUUUGGUGGAAGGGACCCAUUUUCAUUUGACUUCUUUGAAGACCCUUUUGAUGACUUUUUUGGUAACAGACGAGGGUCACGUGGAAACAGAAACCGAGGUGGUGGAUCCUUCUUCUCUGCCUUUGGUGGCUUUCCUGCCUUUGGGAGUGGGUUUUCUUCCUUUGAUACAGGUUUUACUUCGUUUGGUUCUUUGGGACAUGGGGGCCUUACUUCGUUCUCCUCAACAUCGUUUGGUGGCAGUGGGAUGGGUAACUUCAAAUCUGUAUCGACUUCAACUAAAAUAGUGAACGGUAGAAAAAUUACUACGAAGAGAAUUGUUGAGAAUGGACAAGAGAGAGUAGAAGUUGAAGAAGAUGGCCAGUUAAAGUCUUUAACAAUAAAUGGUGUAGCUGACGAAGAGGCUCUUGCAGAGGAAUGCAGACGCCGAGGACAAAACGCUUUGCCUUUCCAGCCGACUACUGUCCGGUCUCCAAAGUCCCUCAAGCCCGCCGCCUAUCCCAAGCAUGUCUUUCACAUUAAUAGCGAUGAGGAUGAUGACUUGGUCAUGACCGGAUGGGAGUCUCCCUUUUAUUCCUCAGGACACAAAGAAGGCAGCAAGAGGAAGAAGCAGAAGCUGAGGGAGGAGCAGAAGAAGAAGAAGUCGGCCAAGGCGCCCUACUAAAAUGGACUGCGAUGCGCUAAAACACUGACCCUGCGCUGUCCUACUAUUUAACACCUUACCCCUUCCCCAAUUCCUGGUGCAUACCUUUCUUAUGGUUAUAGUCACUUAGCAAGGGAGAUGGCAGUGACUCUCAUUCUAAAGUAUAUUAAAGUUGCACUAUUCUGCUUCAGCGCCACAGAUCUGCUUCUGUAAGAGCUCAGUUAUAAGCGCUCUGCUGCGAAGUCUCUCCCAUUGAAAUCAGUGAGUCUUGCUUAUAAGUAGCAUAUUUUAAGAUCAGAAUGUUGGAUACAUCAACAUGAGUAGCUCCUGCCUAGAAAUGUGAUGUAAUUUGAAGUUCGGAAAAUGUCACGUUGUGGAUGCUUUUGACCUCUUCCUUUCCUGGGGAUAAAUCUGCCAGAGCUGAGUGCAUUUCUUCUUGGGCUUAUGUAAACAAUGGGUUGGAUCCUGCAGAUGUAUUCUGUUCCACUAAUGGUAGUCCUUUCUUCCAGUGUAAGGAACCUUCUGUUUGGUGGAAGACUCCUUGGCAGAACAGAUAGUUGGGAUCCAACCUCAUGUCUUUACUUUAAAAAGUUCCUUUUUUCAAGCUAAAAAGUAUCAUGUAUUUCUCAUCUAAGUUUCCCAUUGUUAAGAGCAAGGUUAAAUUUUAAACCAAAUUUAAGCACUACAGCUGAGUAACACAAUCAGUUUUGUUAUGUUCAUUUCUCACAAUGCUUUAUGUGCCAUUAUUUAUGAAUGUUGCAUCAUGCAGAAAUGAACUGAGAGAGCAAGUUCUCGGUGAGCCACUUAGUGGAAUUGUUCUGUGUGGUGGAUCACAAUUCCCAAAAGCUGCCCUUUGAAAGAGAACCAGUCUCCAUUGACUAGUCUUCGUCAAUCAUGAAGAUCCAGAGAUGGAACUCCAAUAAAGUAAAAUGUAAAUCAUGGAGAAGUAAUGUGAGGCUAACAGGGUUUCUCCUGCCCAGACAGCCCGUCCUCCUCUGAUGUCCCUAAGCUGACUUGUAUGCGGGGACUGAAUGGAUUGAGAAAGCCCUGGCUCACCUGCUGGAGCUCUCAGGCCUCGCAUUGCUCGCGCUGAUCUGCAAUCAUCAUUUAUACAUUAUGUGUAUAAAGUAUCCUUGAUUCAGAUUUGGGCUGUAUUGGGGGUGAGGGCAUGCGGAUGCUUGCCUGGAAAAUUGAGUUCAUGCAGCUUCAUUCCUCCAUAUUUGUGUUUUAAUUUGCAUGCUGCAUAACGUCCACUAACUUCAUAAUUAAGUUGGGCCUUCCAUUGCCUUCCAAGCAUGGUUAUUUUAAGUAAGUUGCCUUCUUUAAUCCUUGAGUUGAAGUUCUCAGCUGCUUUGGUUUCCUGUGUUGGUACUCCCCCUCCCUCUGCCAAUAAUGUGACCCUUAUUCUCCUUGGCACUGUUGGAACCCAAGUUUCUUGGAGAAAUCGUUAAUUAGUCCCUGAUAACUUAGCAUAGGUAAGGAAGAUGUCGACACAAGAGGAUUUGGGGUACUUAUAUGGCUUUACCUUUAAUACUUGUAUUAUGAGAAAUGUAAUCUUAUGCAACUCAUUGGGGUAUUUAAAAUCUGAAGUAAGAUGCAGUACCUUUUUUGUUACAUAAAUACCACUGAAUUGUGUUGUGCAGUGUUACUAAUAUUUAAAGAAAUAAAGUCUGUUCCCCUA